AUGCUCAAUGUAAAUAUCUGCAGAAUAGACGCGUCUCAGCAUGUUCGUCCAGCUGGAGGACGUGAUGAGGAGGGCUACAGUGGCGUCAACAGGAUGUAUCCGGCGCCUAUCGAGCUCGACUCGAACACCCUCACACGCUUGAAUCUCUUCGUGAAAUUCUACAAAACCAAGAUGUGUCCGUUCUACAAGAAGAAGCGAUGCGAGUGGGGCCCGGACUGCAAGUUUGCGCAUGGGCGCAAAGAGCUCCGUUCAGGUCCAGACCUCUCGAAAACAAGGAUGUGCCCGUCACUCCAGCGUAGAGGACGAUGCGAACAAGGCGCGGCCUGCCGAUUCGCCCACCAUCAUGAAGAACUGAGAGCAACGUCUGACAUCUACAAAACUUCUCUCGGCUACCCGUGGAUGCUUCCAGAGUCGCACUCUGCCAUGGCGAUGCGCCGCGACAACGGAGCUGCUCAACAGGUGAACGCAAUGGAAAGGCGUCCAGCAAGUCUGAGGAACGCUACAACCCUGCCCGUCGGGACUAUGGCACCUAUCCAUGAUGCAGCAGGUCCUUCCACGGCAAUCUGUUCGUUACCAGAGUCUAGACAGUUCGGAGCCAGCAUGCCUGUCGCACGGCUGACUGAAAAUGAUGAAGUCGAGUUCUGCUUCCGGUUCUUGGUCCCUCGCGGAGCUGUCGUUGGGCUGAAAGGUGCUCAGCCAAAGAUGGUUGACGCCACGCCAGCAUGCGAUGGAAAUGGGGCCGGCCACCGCCAUUCUGACACAGGUAUUGAUCCAGCUUUUUUGAAAGCGGCCAUGUCUUUCUCGCCUGAAGUCCCACGCCUGGUUCCUGACUAUCCCUCGAGAGAGGCGGCGGAGUUCCAGGCGCCGGCCGCGUCUCUGCCUCAUCACGCCAGUAACAAUCCGAGCGCCACUCGACUUCCGCCUGCCCAACGGCAGCCAGAGUUACUGCCGGCAGAGCUUUUGCCAAAGUUUUUAUCCGCUGGCCUUGACGAAGACCUGCCUUCCUCCGACCGUGAGACAGCGUCGCCAAGUAGCGGCGCGAGCUCUUCGGACUUUCUGCGGGACUUCUGUCCUUACACGCCGCUGAGCGGACCCGCUUCCGACUACGACCUCCGGUUCCUCCCUGCAACAGCAUCUCCCUGGUGA